AUGAAGACUGUCAUCUUGUACCAACAUUCUGCAUUGUGCCAAGAGGUUUUGCUUAUUGUUGUUUAUCUUUGUUCCUUCAAGGUUAAGGGGAAAUCCCCCUGCUUGUUUGAGUCUAUGGGGGUUGGCAUUCAAUUGAUAGACGAUGUUCUUGAUUUCACCGGCACAUCAGCAUCGCUUGGAAAGGGUUCUUUAUCAGACAUCCAGCUUGGAAUCGUAACAGCUCCAAUAUUGUUUGCCAUGGAAGAGUUUCCCCAGUUACAUGCUGUUGUUUAUCAAGGUUUCGACAGCCCUGAAAACAUCGACAUUGCUCUUGAGUACCUUGGAAAGAGUCACGGAAUACAAAGGACAAGGGAGCUAGCCAUGAAGCAUGCUAACCUCGCUGCUACGACAAUUGAGUCUCUACCGGAGAGCAAUGACGAGCGUGUGAUAAAGUCAAGGCGGGCAUUAGUAGAACUUACUCAAAGAGUAAUCACAAGAAACAAGUGAGACAUAAUAGAUGAAGACUGUCAUCUUGUACCAACAUUCUGCAUUGUGCCAAGAGGUUUUGCUUAUUGUUGUUUAUCUUUGUUCCUUCAAGGU